UUUUUUUUGAAAUUGAUAUUUUUGUAAGACAAACUAUACAAUAAAGAUAAAAAAUACUAAUGGAAUAAAAGAAUUAGUGUGGUUUUAUGUUCAUCAAGUCUAUCAGAAAAAAUUAAGCUAAAUGUUGCGAUGGGGCUCCGACGUAAUCUUCUUCAGAGUGAUCUGCGUGUGCCUGAUAACAGUCGCCUUUAUAUUUGCUCUCAUUUUGACUAACGAAUUUGUAGAUAUUGAUAGUUUCCUCAUGUUUAAAACUCUGAACAAGCAAGAAGGUGUCGGAAGAGUUGAUAAUGAAGCUAAAUAUAAUCUGUGCCAUAAGAACUCUCGUGACAGAAGUAUUAUCUAUAGAUCCAAAAGAUCUUCUAUUGAUCCCUCUGAAGGUAGCUUUAAAUUGAUAUACAAGAAUAAAAACAUUAGGAACAAUGAGAAAAGCAACUCAGAAAAUGCGGUAGAUUUGCUCCAACUUAAUUUAAAAACAAAUGAGCAGCUCGGUGAAAACACCACAACUUGGAAGGCAUUGGUCAAGCUUAGGUCUAAGAGGCAAGUGAAUUACGGUGAGGGUACAACUACAAAGACAAUUAAUAACAAUGCUAACGCAACCGUAGAGGGAAAUCGACAUAUUGAUAUAGAAAUAAAAACACAUUUCGAUAGUAAAACCACAGACGCUGGAAGAAAACAGUUUAUUAGUCACUUGAUAGAUAAAAUACGACAAGCACUGCGCUCCGAUACUGAAGUAAUAAGUAAUCAAAUAGAAAAUGAGCCUCAUUUCAAGAUUCGAGAGCAAGAUCCAAUAGUUGUUACUAAAAAUAUUAUAUUCGAUUCGAAGAAUUUUCGUCAAGCUGAUAAUGCUGACCUUGGAAAAAUAGAUAUUCGAUAUAAAAAACCCAAAUUCAAACAUGUGAAAACAGCUGAACGAAAUAAUAAAUACAUCAAAGAUUUUCAAAAUUCAUUAGGAAGAAGAUUUCAAAAACCAAUAGCUGAUAAUGCAGAAAUCGAUCAUAUUAAUUCUGAACUAUAUUUCAGCAAUAGUUUAUCUUUGUUAUCUAAUAAUAUAGUCGGCGCAGGCGAUGGCUACUAUGAUCAACACUUGCACAGCUCAUCGGUACAAAAAUCACGAUAUAACGAGUUGGACGAUGUUAUUAAAGUGUACCAUGACACUAUUAUAUAGUUGUAUAUUGUAUUUGUGAAACUUGUAAAUAUUUUAAAUUAUUAAAGAUGGUUCUGUAUAAGUACGAUUUCAUUAUUCAAGACU